AUGACAGAGACACUGAAUGUCCUAGUCAAUGAUGGAUCAAGUGUAGGCGCUUAUACACUUGAUCUGAUUGCGCCUCCAAAGUUGGCUUCGGAGAUCUUUCAGUUGCCAACGCUCGAACAUAGAAGGUUCUUGCGAAAUCUGCGUAGGGGCAAAGUCAAGCAGAUCUGCGUACUCGUCGCUGACGACGAGUGUGUAGCCGAAAUAAGGUCAGCAACAAUGUUUACUGAGAACUCUCUCGUUCUCAGUAGUUCAUCGAUGGACGAGAGUGUCCUAGAUGAAAAGACACGAAUUGAGCGAUAUGACUCCCAAUCGUGGGAAUCGCUCAAGACAAAUCCUCUCUAUGAAGAUUUGGUUGAAUUCAAGGAUGUAUUCCCUGAAACUGUUCCGUGCGAGUUACCGAAGGAUAAAAGUACUCGACACGAGGUCGGGCUUAAACCAGGCUCGAAGUACUGUGUCAUGAAGCGGUGGCCACUGCCUCGUGAACAAGUACUUGCGGUCGACAAGUUCUUUGCCGAUCGUUUAGCUGCGGGCCGUGUGAGGGAAUCAACAUCCCCACAUAGCUCUCCGACCUUCUGUGUGCGAAAAGCAACAGGAGGGUGGCGGAUUGUGCAUGCAUUUAACAAGUUGAAUGCUGCAACGGUACCGGCUCAGACGCCGAUACCAAGGAAGGACGUAAUCAUUGAUAAUAUGUCAAAGAGUACUAUCUUUUCGUCCCUUGAUUUGAUGGAUGGCUUCUAUCAAAACCUUAUGCGAGAACGGGACAUACCCUAUACCGCAGUGAGCACGCCUAGCGGCAUGCUCUGGGAAUAG